CCGUUUUUUAUCGAGUACGGAACCUCCAACCUAUACUCCAUCACCGAUCAUCCUCGAGGUGGUCAUCGCAACACGUCGCCGCGUGUUGUUCGCCCUAUUUUUCGCCUCCUUUCUUCCAUUGGACAUUUAACUGUUCUCUUCCCUUUGCGCGCUCCCCCGGGCUUGCUCACCGUCUCGCCUCCUGAGCGACCACAACACCACCCGACCCGCCGCCAUCUCAAUUCACCGGCGGGGUUUGCAACUGCGAUAUGGGCGACGGGUCUGAUUAUCCCAGUCCAAGAAGCGAAGGUCCCAGCGGACCUACCUCCAUUCUCGUUGCCGCCCAAGAGUCUAUCUCUCCUACCCCCAAGAUGACCGAUCAAAUGUCCCCCAGUUUCAUGGAAGGGACGCGUCCGCGACUGUCGGUGAGACGUGCGCGGGAUCCGCCCAAAAACUCGACCGGCCAGAUCUUUUGCGACCACCCCGAAUGUCAGCAGUCGCCCCCGACGUUUCGUCGCCCGUGCGAGUGGAACAAACACAUGGACAAGCAUGAUCGCCCCUACAAAUGCCUCGAACCCGGCUGCGACAAGAUUCAAGGCUUUACCUACUCGGGCGGGCUUCUCAGGCACCAGCGCGAGGUGCACAAGAAGAACGUCAAUGCGAAGAAGCCGCUGAUGUGCCCGUAUACGGACUGCAAUCGCAGCACCGGGAAUGGCUUUACGCGCCAAGAGAACCUGAAGGAGCAUCUUCGUCGCCGCCACAUGCACACUGAGAAUGGACACGCGUCCGACCUACCUAUGGUGCCCAGUCCUGAACUGGACGGCGCCGUGUCCCUCCCCACCUCGGCGGUCAAGCGGAAGCGCGAGUCUAUGGACGGCGACGCCUCUGUCGAGCUUCCCGACGAAGAGGGUCCCGACGUUGACAUGCACAACGAGUUAAAGCGUCUGCGACGCGAGGUCGAGGAGAAAGAUCGCCGGCUGGAAGAACUGGAGCGCAUUGUUUCCGGGCUUCAGCAAGCCAUGCCCCAGCCGACGAUGUCGCAGGGACAGAUGAACGCAACGUGAACGGCUUCCCAGUGAAGUCCGAAUGAUAUGUCUCGGUAUCUCUUAUCAUGAUGUUGUUUUUGUUUUUCUAUAUUUUGUUUUGUCUGCCUUCUUUUCUCCCCGCCUUUUGC